AUGCAGGGCAAUCGGGCUUCUGCUCCACUACCAAGUGAGACGUCUAUAACACCAACGAAUACUAUUGUUGCUCCCGUUCAAACUGAGAUGGCCAGUUGUCAUUGGGAAAAGACGUUAGCUGUCAACGACGACAUGAAAUCCCAGACUGAAGGAACACUGAAGUGGUGUCAGCAACUGAAGGAACAGGUACUGACAGAUGAAGUGACAUUUUCUCUCGUAUUGGAAAUAUGGGCGCAGAUUGAAGCAAAACGCAAGAAGGGAUGGUAUGAAGAAGCACGUAAUGCUAAUGGAGCAGCGCAAUGUUGCUUUGCAACGAUUCCAGCAUCAAGAAAUGCAAGCGAGACGGGGGCAGAUGACUCAGGAGCGUAUUACCCUAACUACGGACCACAACAACCUGCACCACCUCAGAGUGGAAUAUCCAGCUUCCUAUGGAAUGCCUGGGUACCCGGGUUAUGCUCAACAGCAGUUCCCUCAGUCUCACGCAGGGUAUCAGCAUGUAUCCUAACGCUGCGAUCCGGAACUGCAAAAGGGCCGAUCCGACGAUGCAAGCUCAACAAACAUCUUACUCACCUACUGUUGCUCAUGCACAACAACAACCAUCCUCUCACGAAUGGAUCCGUGCAAGUACCUCAACAGGCACAAACUCACCCUCAACAAGCCUUAUUACGCACCCGUUCCAGCAGCUGCUCCGCCAUCAUAUCAACAGGUACUGAAACAACAGCUCCUGCUCAACAGGAGAUUGCAGAGCAGCCUCUCAUCUCCUUUGAUUGA